ACUACUACCUAUGGGCAGCUUUCUAUGGUUCGUCGCUGGCGCAGCUGCAGCCGCCAUCUACUACAGUGGUCGGUGGACGCAUCAGAGCGCACCUCUCGAUCCCGAAAGGGUGCCGGAGGGCAAUAAGAGGGAACGACGGUAUGCGUAUGGAGCUGGGGUGUGGCUGGAGGAGAGAAUGGAAGCUCCGGCACCACCAGCACCCCCACCUCAGCAGGAGGAACAAGCCUCGCUUGAACAUGCCAGAGAGCUCAGUAAGCAAGCAGACGAGGUUAUGUCUGACUUGUCUGAAGCUACACUCGAUUCUCUCAUGGCGACUAUCGUUGCGGUCAAGAACAAACUCGUAGAGCGUCGUGCGCAGCGGGAACAGGAGGAGAAGCGGGCGUCAGAAGCGAACGAGUUUCGCCCUCGCUACGUCUGA